AUGAGCUCCCCCUCCCAGUCCUUAGCCCCUCGCCGAACGCCCGUUACCGAACAGUCGAGGCAUCUGGAAAAACAACCAAAGAUGCCAAAGCACCAGGCACGGCUAGACGUCACCCCAGUCAAUCCUCUCAUAGCGCAAGCCAAUGCUAUCCUCAACGAACUCCAGCGGACGGAACUUAGCACCAGGUCGAUGCUCUCAACUCUACCUCAGCUCGGUCAAAACUCUGAAGGCGACGUCAGCAACAACAUCUUCCUAUAUGUCAUCGCGCCGAUCAUCGAGGUCUUGAAUCACAAGUACGGAGACACCUUCGAGUACACGACCGAGCUGAGCCAUAGCAUCGAAAAGGAGGAUCCGGUGAACGACAAGGCGCAAAACGGUGUGCGUUUUGACGCCGUCUUCCUCAAGCGCCAAGGCGGGGGGGUGAUCGCACUCCUCGAGUUCAAGAAGAAGGAGUACCUAGUGUACAGGGAUUUUGAGGGGGCGCUGGUUGAAGAGGCAGGCUCGAGCCCAGAUGGAGGUCUUACACGCAACGGUGCCAUAUUCACAAAACAAAUCUCAGCCUACGCAGUCAAAAGCGGGUGCAAACACGUCGCCCUCUUCAACUGGGACCAUUUGCUCUUGUUUGACUUCUUCCAGCUCGAGAAAAAGAGUAACAUUGAGAGGUUUAUUGGGAAGAAGGCGAGGCUGACCUGGGUGGUAGAGAGGGAGGAAUUGCGAGGGAAGCACAUGAAACAGCACUUGAUCAGGAAAGCCUUAUUGGGUUGGCUUCUCCAAGCCUUCAAGGACGCUGAUAUGACCCCAGCUAGCUGA